CACUUACAUGCGAAAAUGGCAUCAUUUCGCGUCACAUUGUUGCGUUUUUGUCGUGACAAUACACUUCUGGUCAUGACAAUCGUCUCCGUGAUAUUGGGAGUUACGCUAGGAUUUGGGCUACGACCAUUAAAUCUAUCCGCUGAAACAUUACAACUCAUCAAUUUUCCCGGUGAAAUCUUUAUGCAAGUCCUCAAAAUGAUGAUUUUACCGCUGAUCUUCUCAUCACUUAUCUCAGCUUUGGCCCAAAUGGACGCAAAAGAAUCCGGCCAAAUGGGACUCGCUACGGUUCUGUAUUAUCUUACUACUACAGUACUGGCGACCUUGCUUGGCAUUUUCCUUGUGAUGACCAUCCAUCCUGGUGAUCCAUCAAUAAAGGCUGGAAGUUUACCCGAUGUGCCUGUGGAUACCGAUGUCUCCCCUCUUGACACUUUUUUGGAUUUAGUAAGAAAUAUGUUUCCGGAAAAUAUAAUUCAAGCGACAUUCGAGCGUGUCCAAACAACAUAUGUGGCACAAAGACCUCGAAUCGCUAAAAACUCUUCUGAUCAUCAUGAAGUUAUUAUUAUGAAGAAAGCAAUCAGCAAUACUCGUGGCAUGAAUAUACUUGGCAUAAUUGUAUUCUGUACGGGUUUUGGCAUAGUGAUCUCACAACUUGGUGAACGUGCCCGAAUUGUUGUCGAUUUCUUUGUGAUUCUUGAUGCUGUCAUUAUGCGUUGGGUGGAGACGCUUAUGUGGUUUGCUCCACUUGGCAUAACGUGUCUAGUUUGUGGAAAUUUGUUGGAACUUGAUGAUUUGUCAGACACUGCAAGUGUACUAUUGCUGUGA